CCGACCUUAACCUUAUCAACAACCAAUAUUGUGUCUGUUUAAUUAAAAAAGGAAUCAAACAAAACAUUGAAACGAAAUUGGAAACCAUACGAGUAGAUUAUGUUUUCCGAAUACUUGGUACAGUAUGAAACAGAAUGUCGUAUUGUUGAGACGUUAAUUGAAACUUAACGGGCCCGUAAAGAUUUAUAAACCUUAAAAGCAAAACGUCCUACUUUGAUAUCACUGUACAGACUAACUAGAACCUUAAAAAAAAACAAAACAUGUAUAACACCACUUUUCCUAAUUUGGCAAAUCAUUGAAUACAUACAAAAUAUAUAUUCUAAUAUAGCAUUCAAUUGUGUACUAGAUGCAAAACAGGUCGUUCAUAUUAUACAUAAUAGAAUUGCGUUUAAUCAUUCAAUUAUUGUUCGCAAUUUCACGGUAUAUAAUGUGACAUGCCAAUCAAUUAUAUACUGUGUAUGGUCCGAUAUAUUUUGCAGACGCUAUUUGAAGUUCUGACACGCCAUAAUGAUUUUGCGCCUAGUGUUUAUUUUUUUUUUCUUAAGUGUCGUAACGGGAAUUCCACAGUUGGAUGUCAAGCCAGCAGAAUCGACAGCACCGCAGGCCAGGUCCGGCUCAGGUCCUUCUUCCAAAGAAUGUUCGUGUGAGGAGCAGGAACAGAAUAAUUUGGUGCAAACAUCGUCUCAAAUCGUGUCUUCCACAAAUGGCAAUCAACCACCUGAAAUGAGAUUUGCAGAGGUACCACAUCCUCAACAGUAUGCCGACGACCAGGUGCAGAUCGCAGAGAAGACCGUAUGCAUCACACCAACCGUGAUCCAGAGGAUAGUGAAGGCAACUCUAGCGUACGUAACACAAAUGCCUUUAGAGCUCAACACAAUUGUAGAUCAAAUUGAUCAAGAAAUAAACAAAAUGUCAGUAACCAAAACGAAACAAGAAUCAAUCGUUAGACAGUCUACGCAAAUGCUAAACCAGCCUCGAUCUCAAACCAGAACUAAUUUAGUAGUGAAAUACGAUCAGCCAAGCGAACAGACGCCAAAUUGUGUAGAAGCUUUAGAAAAACUGAUUGAGAUAGCGUAUAAGGCGUAUCUAGAAAUAGAACAUCAGCCACAGUGUCGAGAUUAUUUGUACCAGUUUGCAAGCACAUACAAGGAAGACAGACCGCGAGGAUACCUCGAAAAUGGGCAACCAGACAUGAAGUCUUUGAUAGUUACCAUUAUAGAAGAAAUACAGAAACAGAGGUCCAUCAUUAGCACUCCUUCAUCUGAAAGUGAUCGCUACGGAGGGUUCGAAGUGCCCACACAUAAUGUCCAGACAUACACAUCGUAUACAUCACCAGUUAAUCAAGUUAUUGAGCAUACCAUCUCACCGGUUCCUAACCGAGUACCAAAAACGCAAACUAUACAAAUAAGUGAACAUACAUACCCUCAGCCCCAGGUGGUAACUGUCCCACCGCUACCACCAAUACCGCCGCCACCACCAUCGUAUCAAGUUGUGGAACAUACAAUCUCACCCAUACCUAACCAGGCUCCAAACAUGCAGACAGUAAAUGAAUACACAUACCCACAUCCCCAGACGGUGACUCUCCAACCACCACCACAAUCUUAUCAAGUCGUUGAACAUACAAUCUCACCCAUUCCUAAUCAGGUUCCAAAUACCCAGACAGCUCAAAUAACUGAAUACACAUACCCUCAGCCCCAGAUGGUUAACAGACCACCACCACCAUCACCGCCACCACCACCAGCAUAUCAUGUUGUUGAACAUACAAUCUCACCGGUACCUAACCAGGUUCCAAACACGCAGACAUUACAAAUAAACGAAUAUCCAUACCCCCAGCCUCCAAAGAUCCCUCUCCCACCACCCCCACCAGUAAAACAUGUGAUUGAACAUAUUACAAUAUCACCUGUUCCUAGCCGGCUUCCAAAAACGCAAACCGUACAACUGAAUGAAUAUUCAUACCCACAUCCACAAACAGCUACUGUCCCACCAGCACCCCCAGCAUACCAAGUUUUUGAACAAAUUACCAUCUCACCGGUCCCUAGCCGGCUUCCGAAAACACAAACGCUACAGAUAAAUGAACAUACAUACCCUCGGCCCCAGAUGGUGACUCUCCCACCGCUACCACCAAUUCAUGAAGAAACAAUAAUGACACAUACUUAUAGACCGAUGAAACCAGUUCCUAACCCAUUACCCAUUAAACCCAUCAAACCUGAGGAGAUAAUGAAUCUCCUAGUAAAACUUCUACAAACAAGUGACCAGCCGAACAAUGGAAAAGUAUAUGAACACAUCAUAAAGCUCGUGGACCUCAAUGCUAACAUUUUCCGCCCACAGUUACUGAAACAGAUAACUACUGUUCUGAAAAUUCAUAAGCAGCAUAACGUACCGCGAGUAAAGGAAUUGCUUCUGUGUCUUCUUAAUUCCCAACGACAACCGCAGACGAAUGAUAUUUAUACAGAAACUCUGUUAACCUACUUGCAGCCAAAUCAUUCAGGCCAAUACGAUUCAAGAUUGGUUGAUGUUUUACUGUACUUGGUCAAUACACGACCUUCGAUUUCAGAAGUUGAAUACAUAUUAUCUCUCUUGAAUCCAUUUAUGUCAGGAUUGCCCACAGAAGGCGAUUACGCAGAUAUAACCUUUAAUUGUAUAAGACAAAUACAAACUAAAGUACUGACCCAAGAACAGACAAAUAUUAUAUUGACGUUACUGACUCCGUACUUACCAGAUCUUCAGAUUCACAGUACGCAGCCAGCUGUUGUAAUCGCCAAAGAAUUGUCGAAAUGGAAUGGAGUGGGAAUUACUCCGAAACAAUUUAACAUAAUAUUAAACAUUUUGAAUCUAACACAACCAAAUGGUGGUAGAGACCAACGAGCUAUUGAUAUUGUAUAUUUCCUUUUGACUAAUGGUCAUCGCCUGAUGCCGAAGUCUAUAGAAGUCAUUCUAACAAUAUUGUCGCCGCAAAAUGGAAUUAUUGACUACAGACGACUUGACCUUAUCCACAUCAUAUUCAAUGAGCUGAUAAGAUCCCCUAAACAUGGACUGCUCCUAUUAUCCUUGGUUAUAGAGAAUGGUCCUAAUAUUUUGAAUUCAAAUUACGUGGAUAUAUUGAUUUUACUAAAACAACAUCACUUAAUCACUAUAGAAUUAUUAGAUGUUCUCGUAAAAUUACUGAAUGAUGAAAUAUAUGGACAAUUGGACAACAGUAAAAUUCAGACACUGAUCUACCGUCUGGAACCGCAUAGACAGCGGCAUGAAAAACUUGUGAAUGAUAUUUUGAUACUUUUGUAUCAAAGUGGAAUUAAUAUUGCUCAGUUGAUGCAGCCUCAACAACAAGAGCCAGAGCAAGCACCUGUACAUGUAGUCUAUGAAAACACUGAAACACACAUAGCACCGUCCAUCGAGUACACCAAUGAGUAUCGCACGCCCGACGGUGGAUACCAAACGAUAGAAGAAACGAACGUGAUAACUCCAAUAUCUCCAACAAAUCCAAAGCCCGAAGACGACUUAGUACAAAUCUUUACGUGGUUGGAGAGUCACGGGCUAUUGAACCCAGACCAAACAUCCAAUAACGAACUGGUCAACAAAAUAUUGAAGAUUUUGCAACUGGGCGAGCGGGAGCUAGGUGUCCUCGAGUUGACAUACAUGUUGAAACACGCGAAGCCCCUGAUCUACCAACCCGUAUAUUACGUGAAGUAUAGACUGCCAAUAUUGAGCUUCAUAUCUAACAUGAAGACUUUACUAGUGGAGAACCCUAACCUGAACGCUGAUCCAAUGAAACUGUUACAAGAACUGAUAGUAGUAUCCAAUGUCACAGAGGUGUCGCCGAAUCUACAAGGCUUUCCCAAAGAUGAAAUAUUGAAACUAACAUUGUAUGAUGGAGAUCUAAUUCAAGCGAAGAUCCUUGAUGAGCAGAACAUGAGUUUGAAUGAGCAGAUCACGUAUGUCCACACGUUGAACGCAGAUAUCUCUCCUGAGGAACUAUUGCACUUGAACGAGGUGAACGAAGCGAAGUUCUUCCCGAAUCUAAUACAGAUGAAUGAUCCUAGUAAGCUAACGGUACUAAGUAACACGAUUGAUAAAUUUGUGGAGUUCCCACCUGUUCAGUAUAAGCAUGUGAUCACUAGCUCGAAUCCAGGAGUAACUCAUGAAACUCACACGGUGCAUCAGACGUACAUCGAACGAACGAACCAGCAAACCACACCGCAAUCUGUUCCCCAAACUCUAGUUCUGCCCAUCAAGUAGGAAACAGUCAAUCUUUUGUUUUUUAUUAAAAUAUACCUUAGGACAAAACGUGUAGUUUUAUUUUUGUUUGUAAACAAUAUAAUAUUACUUUACUCC